UAGCCAAUAAAUGAGUCUACCCACUUUGCCAGUAGAAACAAGGUGAAAGUCAUGCCUCAGUCAAGAGAAAUAUUCACUAAUAUGGCCUUCCUAGAUGUGUUCUUUGGAUAAUCAACAGAUUAAAACCAGUCUAGAAUUGUGAACAAGAAUACUUAUUAUACAAAUCGUGGGUUCGAUCGAGUAAGCAGAAAAAUGGAAACAUUUCUCGGCAUCAAGAAUACAAGAAACGACAUUGAUCACAUCAUUGUAACGCAACAGUUAAAGAUCUUAUGAAAUGUGAUGAUCAUUCACCUGGUUUGCAAAGUCCACAUUCAUUUUGACAACAUGGUAACUUGGUACCCCCUAGCUCUCUGGUUGGUUUCCCUUGUAUUGUACGCCCACGCCGGGAAACCAUUCACAGAAGUUUUGCACUAUAAUGGGUUCCCUGGAAUGGAUACUAACAGCAGCUUGGCUUCCUUCUCUCCAAAAAUAUUUUUCGUGCGUAAUAAUCUGGACGGUAAUAUUGAGUUUCGUGAAAGUUCAAACGUUUCAUUGAGCGUGUACAUAUCUGGGAAUGACUACAAAGAUCGGGGCCGCGUCAAGGUGUUUUACAAACUGCUGGCAAACAAUACAGUCGUAGAUAUACAAGUGUACCAUGAGCCCGAAUCCUUUCAGUGGCAGCUGGUUGGAGGAAUCGCGGCCGCGGGCUUAGCUCUCAUCGUAGCAUGCGCAGUCUUCACUUGUUGCUGGAGAAGGCACGGACGUGGACGUUACGAAUCGGACUCAGAAAAGACACGGAGUCGUUCUCAACUCAUAGAAGACAGACUGCAGGUUUUUGAGGUACCGAGUCAAACUGAUGAGACUCCUACACCGGUGUCUCAACAAGUCAAGAAGAAGGAAAAACUGCAGUUCGCAAGCAAGAUAAAGAAAACUCAUGAAAAGAAGAAGGAGAAAAAUGUAGCGAAAGAAAGUCACAAGCAAACACUAACUGAAGAGGAACAUGGAAGCAUUAUUCAGGACAAGCUACAAAGGAAAGAAAUAAAAUAUGAAAAAUUAAAAGAAGGAAAGAGUAGAGGUGAGGUCACUGGCGUCGAUCGACGUCGACAAAACACAGCGACAGCAUCAGGUCUUCUUAUGUUGUCCAUAAUUAGCGUUGCCAUGGCAGCGAGUACGCUUUCGAUACCGCGGGCUCGAAUCGUAAUCAAUGUGCCCUCGCGGCUUGUGAGACCUGGGAGCAAAAUCUUUUUCAGCGAGGAGCAUCAUGGGAGACUGAUUGUGUCACGUGAUUGGAGAGGAAAACUGGACGUGUUCGAGCAAUUUGCUGUGUCUCAGGCCACCUCAUCCUUGGACACUCUCGCCCCAUGCUCCUUUUCAUGCCACUUUGCUUGUGACGUCAACACAAACCAGUGUAUCUGUUACUAUGGCUACCAGAUGAGCGACAAUAAGUGUAAAGACAUCGAUGAAUGCAAGACUGGUCGAAGUGAAUGCCAUCAAAACGCGACGUGCACAAACACCGUGGGCUCAUACAGAUGUAUAUGCAAUGAGGGAUUUUGGGGCGACGGAAUUACUUGCAGACCAUGUACUAUUAACGAACCAUGCCCAGAAAACUUCUACGAAGCAGCGAAAUGCACUAGAAAGCGAGAUCGCCUCUGUGUAGCGUGCAGUAAAAAGUGUGACAAGACUGAAUACCAAAAAUUUCCCUGCGGAAUGACGUUUGACCGAUUGUGUGUAGAUAUAUCCAAGCCCUUGACACGAGCCAAAAAGGGAAACACGUCAGAAAUUAUUCAAACCCGCCUUGGCGCCAAAGUGCUAGUUCCAGGCUCCGCCAAUGUACUGAUGGAAAACCGACUACGUGUCAACCGCACACAAGAAACCCUUGAAAUCAGAGACACCUCAACUCCAACAAUAACCCUAAGCCGUGAAACGGGCUUCUUGGUUGACAUACAACUAUUAGAGUCGCACUUGACACCUAUAUACAAGGACUACGACGGUCGUAACGGAGACGAAAACCCUCUGAUAAAAUCAAUAACCGGCGUCAACGAGAUUCGCACACGCUAUUGCCGUUAUCCUGCCCCGAAUUACUACACUCUUACCAACAAGGUUCAUUCAGGGCGCCAGACAAUGGUAACAAGUGAACUUUGCCGAGAAAGCAACAUUAAUUUGUGUCCAAAGUACGCCUCAGCGGGAGAAUUGUAUCUCUAUAGAACAGUAAACAGACGGUGCCAUUUAGCGGAGAACAAUGCGAUUUGCGGGACGCCUAAUAACUGUUCUUUACUGGAGACAGACAACAGGUUAUACUGUACAAACUAUGUUGAAGUGCUUGAAGAUCUGUUUGGGAAAAGCAAGGAUCAGUUUAAGGACACUUCACUGUAUGUGUUUUCAAGUGCCGAGUGCAGACUAGCCUUUAGAACCUGUCUUGAAUGCAGAAAGGAGAAUUGCAGUAAGUGUGUGGAGGGGAGCAUGGAUAAAGUUGACAGCUGCUCGUGUUGUUUCAAGAACUGCAUUGAGCCUUGUGAGUUCUUCUACGCAGGAAAUUGCGGUGCAAAGCGUGAGCCAAAAAAAUGUGCUCGGGGAGAGACAAGCGAAUUCAAGCUUGACCCCAGCUACUCUGGAAAUUUACGGUUACACUUUAACUGUUAUCUAGAACAUGAAGAACCCACAAGUCUAUAUACUAUUCGCUAUCGAAUAAGGGAGGCCAGAGGGAGAUUCUCUUCUCGGUGGGUGAGGAUUACAAUUGAUUCAACGAGGAUUGGGAAGAUAAAGCGCAAUGAUCAAUCUGCUGGAACUAAUUUCCUGGACUUCAUAGAGAUCACACACGACAACAAUAUAAACUUAGGUCCCGAAAUAUUCCUCAAAGCAAACCGGAAUGAUACGCGCAAAGAGUUUCAGUACCAGGUAUCAGACAUGAGUUAUAUAGGGGGACCACCUUUAGGGCGAGGUUCACAUUCCAGGAAGAUUCAACCAGUCACACCGUUCUCUGUACAUGUCAGUAAUGGAUUUUGGCAAGAUCGUGGGACUUGUAACAAGCUCAAUUCAUGGAAGAAAUAUCUUAGAAAUGAUUUCAGUAGCAUAGCAACAUCUGAGGUUAAACAUCUCGGAAACGGUCGCUUUGCUGAGAUCCGAUAUAAAAUCGGAAACGCCACCUAUCCACCGACAUUGACAUUCAAGAUCUCGGAUAAGAUGCCCAUACUCAAGUUUAUCAGCAAUGAAGAGACUUUUAAAAAUGACAAGCAUUUUCGCAGCAGUAUUAAUAGGACAAAUACUUCGUGGAUGAUAACGCUGAAAGGGCGUCUUUCAGCUUGCCCUAGCGUGAUCGGUCUGAAGGUGAUAGACGAGAUCGACCGGGUCAAGGUGGUGGAGAGUGAUCUACUUUUUCUUUGCCCUGAGCAGAAGUUCAACUUCAAGAUAGAUAUCCCCAGAAAAGGCUUAGACGACAAAGAGCGUUUGUUCUCGGUGUACCUAACUGAUUCGCUGCAGGAAUACAAACUUCAGAUUGCAGUAGUUGAUAAAAUGACUCGGAAUGCAAGGUCUGGCUUAAAAGGCAAGGGAACCGACAAAAGGCGUGACCCAUGGAAGGUGCUAACACCUUUGUUCGUCAUUACUGGGUGUGUCGUUAUGGGUUUGGUUGUUUUAAUUGUAUACGCUCAAAUAACCGCACCUAAGGGACCAGAAAUGAGGAGAGCCUGGGGUGGAUACGUAUGGGUGAAGCAAAAGAGUGACAGCAAAAUCCCAAAGGAUCCUAACAGAUUGAAGCGUCGCCAUAUGAUUCUUGUGAUAUUCGUUGUAACUGUAAGGACCGUUUAUAGUUUAGUAUUCAACUUCUCAAUGGCAUUAGCCCUAUUGACCCUGCUACACGCAAAGAACUUGGAGAUAAUCGGGGACUACAGAAGCUUCGUGCAAAGCAAAGUAAAUCAAGGAAGAUCUAUGGCCUUAAGGAUGGAUCAGUUCAGAGAGCAAGAGAUCAAAUCGAGUGUUGACCAAUCAAAUGAUGUACAAAGAUCAUGUGACUACUAUCUUGAAGUUCAGAGGAAAUGGCUUUAUUACAAUAUGAGCUGUGCUCUGCAAGGUAACAACAUAAAGAUGUUCAACAAGUUAACGAGGAAGAUCAUUGAGAGAGUCACUGACGAGGUAGAUAUUCUAGAAAAAAAGGUGAAAGGAACAAUUCACAGCUUUUCAGAGUCCACCAAACAACGAGUCCGAAAUCUCAAGGAAGACAUUGAGUUGUACGGGCGGAGAGUGUAUGACAAUAACUGGUUUGGACUCCCAAGGACCGCUUAUAAUUUCAAGGGCAAUUAUAAGAAUAAAAGGAGGAAGAGAGGAAUCAGUGAAAACUUUAUGCAAAUUACAGCCUUAUCCCACAUGGCAGAACAGCAACAUAAUCGUAGAAUAGAGCGAGCUCUGCGCGUGUCAUCAAGAAUGAGGCGUAGUUUUUCUAGCAACAAAUUCAUCGAUUUUCUUGAUUACGUUGGUGCCGUAGAUAAAAACGGCUUGGCUGAUCUCGAGAAAAACAUUAAUGAAAAAUUAGACGAGUUAAAAGCAGGAUUCGCCGACUUCAAGGCGGCCAUGGCCAGUGGAAGACCCCCAACGCACCCUCUUUCUACUGCUUUAUUGUGCCCUCUUCGAUACAUGAGUCAAUCUGCAAAGACAGGUCUGAAAAGUAGCAUUUCAUCUAUUUGCAGCUUUCAAGGCUAUCAAGGGGAAGUACAUUGUGCAAGUGUAAACAUUAGUGCAUUCUGUUCCUCAGAGGAUGCCGACGAGCUAUUUGGCGAAAAUUCCACUGAUUCUUCGAAAGAUUCACAACGUAUUUUCUUCGAAGAAACUGAUGGGGAAUCACCAAAAAACAUAAGUGACAACGGGUCAAUCAUAACUUCAGAUCAAUGUGGGAGGCACUAUAAUGUAGAACAGGGGGACUCAUUUGAGGAACAUAUAGAUACCAAGAAAGAAGAGAAACUUAAAAGAGAAGGAAAGCUAAAAAACUCGGCUAAUUCUUACCACGCUGAGAUAUUUGCCACGACUAGAUCUGCCGUUUUGUAUGUUCUUGCCAUUGUGGACAUCCUACUCUUAGUGUAUCGAAGUAUGAAGACUUACCAAAUAGCUAUGCGACUCAUGCACGGUUUCGAAGAAUACGUGGAACAUGAUGCUUAUGAAUUCCAAGAACCGUCCAAUACCGAGCGCGUUAGGAAUAUCCUGCAAAGGAUCUUUGACUUCCUGGCGAUCAUCCUUAUUCAGUUUAUUACUGCCGUUAAGGGACUUCAAAAGAAAAUCGUCCGCACCAACUUAAUUCCCAUGAUUAUCGUGAUAGCAAUAGCUGCAGCGGGCUUUUAUUUUGCAAUCGUGAUUAUCUUUAAUGUGGUUAAUGUAACUGUAAUCGAAGAGCUUGGCGGAUUCAGGAUCAUUUCCGCUCGACUCGACGCGGAUUUGUAUUUUACCAACCACGCUCUGUCUGAUCAUAUCAAGUUUCUCAACACGCUUGAUAUGAAGAUGUACAAGAAGUCUAUGAAACGAACCCUGGAUGGAUACAAGGCGGUAUUGGAAAACUUCAACGAGGCUCAGCGUAAAAGAUUCCAAGAAUUCAACAAACGCCUCUGUAACCUCGAGAGAGAAAACUCCACGUGUGUCCCAGAAUUUCCGGACUUCCCAGAAGUGUCAUUCAGUUCUUGUAUCAUGCCACGCCUAGACAGUAAAAAAUAUGAGGAAUACAAUAGUACUGAAUAUCAACAAUCUUUAAAAUACGAGUCCAAGAAAUACGUAGAUGCUGUGCGUAAUAUUUUCUUGGACACUUUGUACUUUAUUUUUGGGGUGAUCAUCAUGUGUUUACUUAUUGGUGCAUGCAGCGCGAUCGUCUUCAAAAUCAUGAAGUCACUUGGGAUGGUCCGAGUCAGGUACAUUCACGUGUACCCAACCCUCCCCCCUGAGAUCCUAGAAGAGCAUGGCUUGACUCCCCCUGGAAAUAUUAAAGACAAACCGAAAGAGAGGGGGAGUGCAGAUGGAAUCAACAGAAUUGAAAUUCCUGAAAAGUUUAAGCACUUAAAAUGCGAGUAAUUAUCUUUCACGUUCGCUUAUUUUGUGCUCAAAGAAUAAGGUUAAGGUUUUGGUGUUUUUCCAUCAACACAAAACAGGUGGGUGUUUUUCUCUAAGAAAAUUUUCUUCACAUAACUGUGAGUGCGGAAUCUCAUUGGGACCUGUCUGGGACUAAAUGCAGACCAGAUGGAUUUUCAAAAGAUGAAUGGCAGUUUCAUUUCAUUUCAAUUGUAAAUCAUUUUAACCAAUCAUUUAAUCAUUUCGCUCCUAUAGGGCCCUCACAAACACCCUAAAACCCACCUAAAAACUCGACUAACUUGAACUUGACUGAGAAUCACGGCGAAAAUCACAGCUUCUAUUUUACACAAACUUCAUGACAAGGAGGUUUUUGUAGUGUUCAUUGCAUUUUUAUCGGCUUCGGAAAACUGCCAGAGUGGCAAAGGUAGCGCAUGUUGCUCUUAACAAGUUUGUGUUACAUCGGCAGCGAAAUUUGUUCAAUGGAAAUUUGAUAACUGUCGUCUCCCUUGUCACUGAGCCGUCGUCGAAGUUUUUGAAGCUCCACGUUCUACUCUUAAGCGUAAGAAUAAAGCACAUUGAUUUUUAAGCAUUUUUAUAUAUCAUAUAAAGUAUUAUAGUUCGCUUUUCGUACGCAGACAAAACUGUGAAUAAAGCACCCAAAUGUACACGAGCGUUAUCAA